AUGCACAUCCGCUCCCUUCUCACUCUCCCCGUCCUGCUCGGGCCCCUGGCCCACGGUGCGGCAAUCCCUGCAGGGAGCUCUUUUACUGAGAGUAUACACUCUCCCCAGGCAGCGAAUGGCCCCGACUACUGGCUAGAGUCCAUCUCGCACCAGGGCGUCGCACCCCUGGGACCUUCAGGAUAUAGGGUGUUCCGUAACGUCAAGGACUUUGGCGCAACAGGCGACGGUGUCACGGACGACACGGCCGCAAUCAACGAAGCCAUGAGCAGCGGCGAGCGUUGCGGGCAGGGCUGUUUCUCGAGCACCACAACGCCCGCCAUAGUCUACUUUCCCGCGGGCACGUACGUGAUUUCGAAGCCCAUCUUCGACUACUACAACACAAUCAUCACGGGAAACCCGAACGCACUGCCUGUUAUCAAGGCAUCUGCCGAUUUUGACGGUGGCUAUCUGAUUGACGGCGACCCCUACUUUGGGCCGGGGUUGAACUGGCCUGCGACUACCGUAUUUUGGAGACAGGUGCGCAACCUUGUGCUUGAUACCACGGAUGUCGCGGCGAGGAGGCAGAUCAGUGGCAUCCACUGGCCCACGGCGCAGGCGACCAGCUUGCAGAAUGUUAUUUUCCAGUUGAGCGCCGACGAGGGCACGGAGCAUCAGGGGAUCUUUUGCGAAAGUGGCUCUGCCGGCUUCGCCGGGGAUCUCAUCUUCAACGGAGGCAAGAUUGGCGCCGCGCUCGGAAACCAGCAGUUCACCAUGCGCAACCUCACUUUCAACCACGCCCAAACUGCCAUCAGCCACUUCUGGAACUGGGGCUGGACCUACCAGGAUAUCACCAUCAAUGACUGCAAGGUCGGCAUUGAUAUUUCUACAGGUGGCAGCGAGCAGCAAAGCGUUGGGUCCAUCACCGUCUUUGACAGCUCCUUCGCCAAUACCCCCGUCGCCAUCAAGUCCGCACAGUCCGAGUCCUCUAUGCCGCACACUGCUGGCAGCAUCAUACUUGAGAACGUGGCUAUCAGCAACGUGGCUACUGUUGUUCAGGGUCCCUCGGGCACAGUUCUGGCGGGCACUACGGGCUCGUCUGUUAUCUCAGGCUGGGGCCAGGGAAAUCGAUAUGUCCCCGAUGGGCCCACUCGAUUUGCCGGUGCCAUCACCCCGGUCUCGCGGCCUGCUGGACUUUUGGCUGGUGAUGGGAAGUACUACCAGCGCUCCAAGCCACAGUAUGAGCAGUUGCCUGUCUCGGCCUUCUCCAGUGUCCGGGACGGCGGCGCUACCGGUGACGGGACAACCGACGACACCGCAGCACUGCAGAGGGUGAUUGAUGCCGCCGCCGCAUCAGGCCGGGUGCUAUUCCUCGAUGCGGGCGUGUACAAGGUGACCAGCACGCUUCGAAUCCCCGCAGGCUCCAGGAUUGUCGGUGAGGCAUUCCCCGUCAUCCUGUCAAGCGGAGCGUUCUUCAACAACCAGAAGGAGCCCAAGCCUGUGAUCCAAGUCGGACAAGCUGGCCAACAGGGCCACGUUGAGCUCUCGGAUUUCAUCAUCAGCACGCAGGGGCCUCAGGCUGGCGCUACGCUCAUUGAAUGGAACCUUGCGUCGCCGUCCGACCCGUCUGGAAUGUGGGAGGUGCACGCGCGCGUUGGAGGCUUCGCAGGGUCCCAGCAGACGACCAGGGAGUGCGCCAAAACACCCGAGACUGUGAUCACGGAGGCCGAUGAGAAAUGCAUUGUCGCUUACAUGCUCAUGCAUGUCACACCGUCUGCUUCAAGCCUCUACCUGGAGAAUACCUGGCUCUGGGUUUCGGAUCACGAUAUCGAUGUCCAGACCGAGGCCGAUGGCGGCCAGAUUACGCUCUACAGUGGACGUGGCCUGAAUAUUGAGAGCACCGAGGGAAACAUCUGGCUGUCCGGCACAUCCGUCGAACACAACGUCCUCUACGAGUACCAGUUCGUCUCGACCCAGAAUGUGUACAUGGGCCAGAUCCAAACAGAGACAGCGUACUACCAGAGCAACCCCAACGCUUUGAUUCCCUUCACGCCGAAUGACGCAAUCCAUGACCCGGACUUCGCCUCAAGCUGCAAGAGCUCCACCGACGGAAACUGCGAGGUUGGCUGGGGUCUCCGUGUGGUAGACUCGCACGACCUCUCCGUGUACGGCGCCGGCCUCUACUCCUUUUUCAAUAACUAUGAUGCGGUAUGCUCCACAUACGGCGGCGGACAGAAUUGCCAAAACUCCAUCUUUAGCAUCGAGGGCGAUUCGGCUAUUACCGUGUACAACCUGAAUACGCUCGGCACUCGGAGCAUGGUGGAUCAGGAUGGGCGGAGUCUGGCGAGCUUCAGCGAUAAUAUUGGUGUUUUCACAAACAAUAUUGCGCUUUUCAGGAGCCAGUGA